UCUUUGACGCAGCAUUAUCGGAAAUAACCUGUCUUCUAUUAUCUGGCAGGUUUGGCAGCUUAUCUUGAUGUUAAAGGAAGACUUGAAGGAACGCACUCUUCCUAUCUGCCAUGGAAGUCAGUGAAAACACCGUUCCAUCCCGGUGGGUUUCUAAGAUGGCGGCCGCCGGAAGGUGUUCUCGAAGCUUCCACCGCCCCGCUGGUGUGGGCAGACAGAAGGAAGCUCAUUCCUCUAAAGCCCCUCUAGUUGAGGACCAUGACAGCCAGACCAGAGAUGAGAGAUCAAAGCCACUCUCAUCAGAUGCUGGUGGAAGAACACAUGGAUUUGGACAUGCUCCCAGCUGUGAGUCUCUGAAGAGUCAUCGGUCUAAGGGCAUACUUUAUGACUUCAGAGGAGGUCAGGAGCAUCAGAGGAGGGGCAGGACUUAUCAAGAGAAGGCAGAAGAGGUGGAAAUCAGUUGUCAGUCUCUGAAGAGUGACCAGUCGAUGUUUCGUCCUUUUGAUUUCAAGGGUGGACAAGCGUCUCCAGGAGAGAGAAAGGAUCAGCUGCUCUCAGAUGAUCUCUGCCUCCACUUUGUCCAGCAGCAUCGGGCAGAUCUGGACUCCACGCUUCAGUUGCUUGAGGUGAUUGCCAUGAUCCUGCUGAAGAAAGAACUGAAGAGAGUCCAAAGGUUCUUCGGUCCAGAUGAGCCGAAGUACCAGGAUGAUGAGAAAGAGCAGUUUAAGUGUGAAGAAGAGAAAAUGAAGGGCAACAGAGAAGCUUUCUUGAAGAUCUUCAUGAACAUCCUGAGGACUAUAAAGGAGGAGGAGCUUGCUGAUGUUCUAUGGAGCAGAAGUCUUGCUGCAGAGUGUGGAGGACGACUGAAGAGGAGGCUGAAGGAGCAGUUCCACAGUGUGUCUGAGGGGGUGGCUAAAGCAGGAAACUCUGCCCCUCUCAAUCAGAUCUACACAGAGCUCUACAUCACUGAGGGGGGCACAGACCAGGUCAACCAGGAGCACGAGGUCCAACAGAUCGAAGCAGCAACCAGGAACCAGACCAGAGCAGGAACUACCAUCAGACCAGAAGACCUCUUUAAAGCCUCGCCUGACACAGACCAACCAAUCAGGAGCCUGCUGACGAAGGGCGUGGCUGGCAUUGGGAAGACCCUCCUGACACAGAAGCUGACUCUGGACUGGGCUGAAGACAAAGCCCACCAGAACUUCCAGCUGGUGUUUCCUUUCACCUUCAGAGAGCUGAACCUGCUGAAAGAGAAGAAGUUGAGUUUGAUGGAACUUGUUCAUCGCUUCUUUCCUGAAACCAAAGACUCAGGACUCAACGAUUUUGAAGGAGUCCAGGUUCUGUUCAUCUUGGACGGUCUGGACGAGUGUCGACUCCCUCUGGACUUCAACAGUCGGGUCCUGACAGAAGCUACAGAGUCCACCUCAGUAGACGUCCUGCUGACCAACCUCAUCAGGGGGAAGCUGCUUCCCUCAGCUCAGCUCUGGAUCACCACACGACCUGCAGCAGCCAAUCAGAUCCCUCCUGAGUGUGUGGACAUGGUGACAGAGGUCAGAGGGUUCACUGACCUCCAGAAGAAGGAGUACUUCAGGAAGAGGUUCAGAGAUGAGGAGCAUACCACCAUCAUCUCUCACAUCAGGAGCUCACGAAGCCUCUACAUCAUGUGUCACAUCCCCAUCUUCUGCUGGAUCACUGCCAGGGUUCUGGAGGACAUGUUGAAGAGCAGAGAGACCGUAGAGCUGCCCAUAACCCUGACUGAGAUGUACAUCCACUUCCUGGUGGUUCAGGCCAAAGUCAAGAAGCUCAAGUACCAUGGAGGAACUGGGACAGACACAGUUUGGGAUCCUGAGAGUAGGAAGAUGAUUGAGUCUCUGGGAAAACUGGCUUUUGAGCAGCUGCAGAGAGGAAACUUGAUCUUCUAUGAAUCAGACCUCACAGAGUGUGGCAUCGACAUCACAGCUGCUGCAGUUUACUCAGGAGUCUUCACACAGAUCUUCAGAGAGGAGAGAGGACUGUACCAGGACAAGGUCUUCUGCUUCGCCCACCUGAGUCUCCAGGAGUUUCUGGCUGCUCUUCAUGUCCACCUGAAGUUCAUCAACUCUGGAGUCAAUCUGCUCGAUUUAGAACAAACUAUUAUCCUGUCAAAAGUCUUUGGAGACAAACGUCACAUGAGACAGUUCUACCAGAGGGCAAUCAAUGAAGCUGUAGAAAGUCCAAAUGGACAUCUGGACUUGUUCCUGCGUUUCCUUCUGGGUCUUUCUCUGCAGACCAGCCAGAGGCUCCUUCCAGGUUUGUUGACACAGACAGGAAGUAGCUCCUGGACCCAUCAGGACACGGCAGAGCUUGUCAAGAAGAAGAUAAGUGAGAAUGUGUCUCCAGACAGAAUCAUCAAUCUCUUCCACUGUCUGAGUGAAGUGAAGGACACUUCUCUAGUGGAGGAGGUCCAUCAGCAGCUGCGAUCAGGAGCUCUCUCCACAGGUCAACUGUCUCCUGCUCAGUGGUCCACCCUGGCCUUCAUCUUACUGUCCUCAGAGGGAGAUCUGGACGUUUUUGACUUGAAGAAAUACUCUGGUUCAGAGGAGGUUCUUGAGAGGCUGCUGGCUGUGGUCCAAGCUUCAAAAGAAGUUCUACUGAAAGCCUGUCACCUCUCAGGGAGAAGCGGUUCCCUUCUGUCCUCAGUCCUCAGCUCUCCGUCUGCUUGUCUGACACAACUGGACCUGAGUGAGAACAUCCUGAAGGAUCCAGGAGUGGAGCUGCUGACUGCUGGAUUGAAGAGUCCACACUGUCACCUGCAGACUCUCAGGCUGAGUGGGUGUCAUCUGUCAGAGAGAAGUGGUUCCCUUCUGUCCUCAGUCCUCAGCUCUCCGUCUUCUAGUCUGACACAACUGGACCUGACCCGCAACAAGCUGAAGGAUUCAGGAGUGGAGCUGCUGUGUGCUGGACUGAAGAGUCCACACUGUCACCUUCAGACUCUCAGCCUGAGAGGGUGUUUCCUGUCAGAGAGAAGCGGUUCCCUUCUGUCCUCAGUCCUCAGCUCUCCGUCCUCUCGUCUGACACAACUGGACCUGAGUUACAACUUCAACCUGAAGGAUCCAGGAGUGGAGCUGCUGUCUGCUGGACUGAAGAGUCCACACUGUCACCUGGAGACUCUCAGUCUGUCAUGGUGUAGCAUCUCAGAGGGAGGCUGUGCUACUCUGGCCUCAGCUCUGACCUCUAACCCCUCCCAUCUGAGAGAGCUGGACCUGAGCUACAACCAUCCAGGAGGAGCAGGACUGGAGCUGCUGUCUGCUGGACUGGAGAGUCCAGACUGGAGGCUGGAGACUCUCAGGCUUGAUGGAGGUAGAUCAGAGAUGUCUGAGAUCUCAAGUGAUGAUGUACUUCCGUCUACUCUCACUGGACCCAGACACAGCUCACUGGCGCCUCCUGCUGUCCAACAACAACAGCAUGGUGGAACUAGUGACGGAGGAUCAGGAUUAUCUUGACCAUCCCGACAAGUUUGAGCGGUGUCCUCAGGUGAUGACCAGAGAUGCUGUGACUGGUGUCUGUUACUGGGAGGUGGAGUGGAGAGGAAGAGUCUCUGUGGCCGUGACUCUCAGGAGAGACGGAGGGAAAGAGGAGUCUUUCACAGGGUAGCAGAGGUGCUGAACUCACCUGAUGAUGGACUUGGAGCUUGCUCUGGUUUCCUCCCUGGCAGCUACUUUUGCACUGUAGGAACUUGGGACUACGUCACAUAUGGACCCUUUCUAUGGCAGGUCCUAGAAUCUGGACCCUAGUUGGUUUUUCCAGUUAAACAGAGCUAAUAUGUGAAGUUGGAGAGGUGGAGGUGGGAUCAUUGUCACAGUUGAAGUGAAGCUAAAGAAGUCCAUGUUACGUUCCUCAAAUGAAGAAUGUAAUGAGUAUUUAGUUGGUAAAUUAUUGACCAAUUUAUUCACUGACGAAAUGCCUGCAAUUUUACAAAUGCAGUUCUGGACUUGUACUGAUUUCUCACCUGUCAUUGCCAAUAAGUACAGCAUUCCUCAACAGAUGGUGGGGACAAAAUAAUCGCACAAAUGAACACGUUUGAUCUUGUGAUCCACUGACAUGUUGUGGGCUGAUCACUUUUCUGACAGAACAUGUGCGUUUGGUCACAAGUCUUUCUGAUCCAGACUUUAUUGGUGAUGUGAUCAUCAUUGCUCAUCAUGUUGCACUCUCCUUCUACACAGAGUUGAAGUGUAUAAAUGACAUGAUGUUCUGUUCUGAUGUCUGCUAACCAACCAACCCAUAUGUGUUGACCUCUGAGAGCUCAGUCGACAGUGACCUGCUGCUGCAGUGAUGGUCCACAGCUGUGAGAAAAAAAAAUCCAUUCAAUAAAGUGUAAUAAAUGUUUGAUCCAGUCCCAGAAUUGUGCUGACUCAUCUCCUCCAGCAGGAACCGAAACAAGCCUGGAGGGAAAUUCGAAAUGUUUCAGUGUUUGAUGUUGUCUUACCAGCUGAGGCCAAAACAGACAGAAGAUAUCACAUAAAUAUGAAGAUGAUUUCUCUCUGGAUUCCACUUUUGUCCAGGACGACCUGUGAGUGCUCUGAACUGCCGCAGGUUUGUCUGCUGACGAGAACGAUAACAACCGGGCGGGAGCUUCGCUGCAGCAGGUUCCUCCACAGAGUGAGCAGCAGGUCCUGGCAGUCUCGCUGCUCAGAGAUCCACAAU